UCACGUUUUUUUCUUGAAGCAAAACUGAUUUAUAUUUGAAUCAGUGCUGCCAACGGUUAACCGCUACGUUACUAGAAUUUGACAUCAUUUUUUGACAGUGCUUAUUCACUAUUUUCCGACUUUAAAUUUCUUUAAAAUGAGUUUCGCCCUUCCGUCAAUCAAGUCAAAACCGGGCCAACCAGAAGAUUUUGGUAUCAAUGAGGGCAAAUUUGGGGUCCCUGAGGCUCUUACUGGUGGCUUGUCCUCUGUUAGGGCUAGUCUCGACGUGCCUCAUCCCCUCAUGUUGUCAGAAUUAAAUUAUCGAAAAAAUGUGGAUAAAAUGAACAUGACAAUAUUGAGAAAUACACAAGGUUUGCAUGCCCCUCUCAGGAUUGCAUUGGAGCAGAAAGCGGUGAAAAAAGGGGGGCAUUUGCCGUUUUUGCCCUCACAUAACGUCUUACACGAGUCUUUAACCGGUCGUGACAUUGAAAUGGACGGUAGUGAUGUUUUUAACACUCCUGAAUUUAUGGAAGUUGCUGGAUUACCACAUGCAGUCAUGGAAAAAUCUUUGGGGAUUUUGUAGUUAAACAGUUUUUUUUUAAUAAAAUAUAUUUACUAAUAAAUGAAUAAAAAUUAAGGCCCUCGU